AUGUUCGGCAUGGAAGAUUGUCUCAGGAAUAUUGGCGAACAACAGCGAAAAUAUGAUGAAUUCUUUUAUGAUGGGGACAUACCAAAGCUGGAAGCUGACGGUGCUAAACGAUGCGUAAUUAUUUCUAAAGAUUGGUUUGACAAGUGGAAGACCUACAUACGCCGUUCGCACGUGGAGAACGGUACCAGUGGGGAUCUUACGGGAAAGGGUGACCCACCUGGUCCUCUAGACAUUUCUUCCAUAACAAGUAAUGGGAAGCUUAAAACGGAUCUUGCCUUGAGAGUUGAUGUAAUGUGUGUUCCGGAGGCGUUGUUUGAAAAGCUUACUGAUUGGUACGGCCUCGAUGGUGAUAAAAGAUCCAUCCCUUAUCGCAAGGUUUAUUUCACGGAGGAUAAGGAACCAUCCUUUGACCUAUAUCCACCCUUACUGCAUUUGCGUUCGUGUAACGAACAUCAAAAACUUGAUCUGGAAUGUAACUCCAAGGAAACCAUUGGUUAUGUCAAGAGCUAUAUUAGGAAGAUGAAUGACCUAAAAUCGGAUGUGAGCAUCCAUCUGUUUGACGCCAAAAACGGGGACAAGCUGCCCGAUGACGAAAAGGCUACACUCAAGGAGUGCAGUCUUGAUGGCGAGAAGGAUAUCGAGUAUGCGGUGGCAUCCAAGAGUGUCAUGAAUGGUAAUGGGUUCUACGGAAUGCUUUCCUACCGCAAUUUCGAUCCAUCAUAUCCUGUCGGAGUAUGCGGUUUAAGUAACCUUGGAAACACUUGCUUUAUGAACAGCGCGAUUCAGUGUAUUGCAAGUGUCGCUCCGCUUCGCAGCUACGUCAUCGAUGACCGCUUUGAAGAUAACAUUAAUUCUGAAAACAAGCUUGGCUCAGGUGGAAAUAUCGCUCGAGCUUUUGCGCGUCUAAUGCGCCAGAUGUGGAGUGAAUGCAAUCGAGGGGGCUCCUGCGUGCCGCGAGAUCUAAAAAUACAAAUAGCAAAAAUUGCUCCUCAGUUUGCCGGUUAUCAGCCACAAGAUGCUCAAGAAUUGAUGAAUUUUUUAUUGGACUUUCUUCAUGAGGAUCUAAACAAAAUUAAGCAGAAGCCGUAUAUCGAGGUUAGAGACGCGGAUGGACGUCCGGACAAUGUGUUGGCGGAAGAAGCCUGGUCCAACUUUAAGAAACGUAACGAUUCCAUUAUUGUGGAUCUUUUUUACGGUCUCCUCAAAUCCACUGUCACCUGUCCUGACUGCAAUCUCAUCUCCGUAACCUUUGAUCCAUUCAACUCACUAAGCCUCCCCCUUACUAAUGACUGCGUAGAUGUCAAGAUUUGGCCCAACAAGAGGUAUCGUCUCCCUGUAGUACCCAGUUGCCGGGCCAGAGACAUCCUAACUUCCCUCGAACGGAAUCUACCUCUCCAAGAUGGGCAUGACUAUGUCGUGGCGACUCUCUGUAACAAAAAAUUGGAGGUAAUUUCACUUACAUCGGAGAGGUGUCUGCGCCGUGAAAGCGUUUUCAUCUUUAACCUUACCAAGGGUCCUUACAUCCAAAUUUUUCUUCACGUAAAUGGAGAAGCAGAAAUAUCUCCAUUCCUGACUAAUCUCGAAAUUAAUGAAAGGCGAUUUUCGAAAGAAGAUCUUGUCCUUGCUGUUAAAGCGCAGUUGUCUUCUAUUUGUGCAAAAUAUGGUGAAAUGUUUGAAAGGUUUGCUAAAGUGGAGAAGCUGAAGUUCGACCCCAACAACGAUGUAUUUGACCUUACUGUUGAAAGUUACGUAUCGAUCGGACUUCCGGAAAGUCUGGAAAUUGAACUCAACGAACCAAUUAUAUUACCCAGUGUAAAGUUGGCGGACUGUAUUGACCUUUUCCUCGCGUCUGAACAGCUUGGCAAUCAUGACCUUUGGUACUGCAAAAAGUGUAAGCAACAUCGACAAGCUUUCAAAAAGUUCGACAUCUGGUCUCUUCCCCGAGUUCUUGUGAUCCACCUGAAGCGCUAUAGGAGCGCUUAUCGGAUGCACAAAAAUGAGCUAUUUGUCGAUUAUCCUGUGACGGAUUUGAAGGUGACCUGCACCGAAAGUACCAAGGUGUAUGACCUUGUGGCAGUGAGCAAUCACAUGGGUUUUGUUGGCGGCGGUCACUACACUGCAUACGCUAAGAACGGAAAAACGUGGUACAGCUUUAAUGACAGUUGUGUCAGCAGACUACAUAGUCCCGUUGUGACCGGCGAUGCAUACAUCCUUAUGUACGUAUUGAAUUCAAUUUCAACAAGCCCUGAGACCAUCAACGGGUUCUGA